AUUUUGAAUUCAUUAUUCCACCCCAAAUGCGGUCGUUCGGAACAUCGGACGACGAUCAAGGCUUUCAUCCAACUGUCAUCAAGCUCGCAGGUUUGUGUUGCCAAUGUGCAUCUCCUUUUGACUUAAGUCGUCGUCCAUAGCAAGUAGGUCGGACGUUCUCAAGAAUGAAUCAUGAUGAAGUCCAACAGAGUCAAGUGGUGGACGAGUUUCACAAUUUUCCCAGAUUUGGCCAUGGCAAUUCCAUUGCCAGUCUCGCAUCCCACGACAGAAGUAACCAGGAGGACUACAUCCAGGGAAUGCUCAGCUUCUGCUUCUUUCUCCUCCUCAUUGUCUACGUAUGGGGGUUUGUGUUGAUUGUAUUGAAGUUUGCCACGCCCCGGAAAUGGGUGGGCUGUGCGGGCGGUGGAAAAACAUUAGACGUGGCCAAGAUGCGCAAGGCAAAGAUACCACGACACAUUAGACGAAAGCAGAUUUUGAGAGCUUGGAGAAUACAAUUAGCGUUCCUUUCCUUGUCUAUGCUGAUACCUAUCAUGACUCUCCUCAUGACGAGGAAUGGCUUAGCACCUUUCAUUAACAGUCUGGAUGAAAUCUCCAGCAUCAAUGAUGAAGUAGAAGCAGUGGCUUUCCAUGGCAUUUCCAUUGCAGAAGAGCUACAGGCAGCGAGAAGAAACCUUGCCAACGUGACCACACAACAACAGCAACAAGGAUACAUGGACUUGGACUGGGAAUCCAGUUGUCCAAAUUUCCACAACUCGUCAACCAUGCUGGCACUAGCUCCAAUUUCCACAAUCCAAAAAUACAUUGAUUCUGGACUGGAGGAAGUAAAGGCAUUUAUUGACUACUACGCCAUGGAUGCACACAUCGCUUUGACUAGGGUCGUCCGCAUGUCAGACCGAGUGAAAUUGUCCAUUGAAUGGAUCUACGACAGCGACUGGCUGCUAAAGUUCUUCCUCUUGACCAUCAAUGUUGUCAAUGGCUUCUUCCUUUUUGGCGUUUUCUUAAGCAAGCAAGACGUCGUCAAUUACAAAAUGCAAAGAUUCCUCUCCCUGUGGAUCAUUCCAAUAUUUGUAGUGCUCUUGAUGUGUUGUGCCGUCCUUGCCUGUGCGUUUGGUAUGGCUGUCAUGUUCAAUGCAGACUUUUGCCAUGGCAACACGAGUGUGAACGGCUCGAUGCACGAAAUCAUUGUAGAAAGUGGCGUCAGAGAAUCAGACUUGACAAAUCUGGCAUUCCGCCACUACUUUGAGGGCUGUCUGGGUGAGAACCCAAUGGGUUUCAUUCAUGACGUGGAUUCAGUCAUCAAAUACGCAAAAGACGCAGCCAAUCUACUUCGAGGGGAACCAAUUAUCAUCAUACACGAGCAUUGCUCAGAUGAUGCAUCCGCUUUGGUAUCUCAAUUCAGCAACAUCACAUCCAUUUUGGAUGACGUUCAGCGGCAAGUCCGAGCGGUGAUUGAAUUGACUGGCUGUCAUCAAAUCAACCCAGUCCUUCGCCGCAUUAUUCACGGGGCGACAUGUUCCGAUACAAUUGACUCCUUGGCGUGGCUUUUUGGAGGCCUAUGCUUCAUCUUCAUUAUUGGUUUAAUGAUGCUUUCCGUUCGGGCUGCUUUGUUCAACAGUGUGAUUCGGGCUCCAAGGAGGAAACGGCAGCGAGAACGUGAAAAGGAAUGGGAAGAGUACAAACAAUACAUGGAUCACUACUAUGAUGGCGUCGGUGAAUGGGCGAUUGAUGGUCCUCCUCAGCCUCCUCCUCAGCAAAGGCAACGACAUCCUGACUUUACUCUCGCGCAGAUUCCAACGUUCGACACUGAGGAAACAUCGAAAACGUCGCUGGAAGUGGGUGGUGACGGCGACUCCGACAUUGCGUGCUUUGCUUCGCCCAUGGCACAGUCUUACGCCUCUACGUCAUCCUACGAAUCAGAUUACUCGGAGGAUUCUGAUGAGGAUCAACAGAGUAGCAUGAGCUUCAGUAUGUUGAGCAAGUUCUUCCACUCACGGCUCGGCAACGACCAGUCAUCAUCAUUUUUUGAUGCAGAUAGCCAAUUUGCCGCAAAAACUCAAUUGAGUGUUCUGGAGUUGCAAACGCCACGACAGCGACGGAAACAAACCGCGCUUGGUUCGUACCUGUACCAAAGAAGCCCCGUAUCGGAUUAUGGCACCCCAAUGAGACAUACCGGUAUAACUUCGCCAACCCAGAGGAGUACACCUCGCGCCCCUCCUCCAGCACCAUCAAAGUCACGAUUAACUGUUCACAGGACCGAUGGUACAACGCCAUCAGCGCCAUCGAAGCCUCGACAAACGGAAAACAGGACCGCCAAAGGUUCUCCAAAGGACGAGUAACAGCCUACUGAAUGCAACCUACUGUGCGCUGAGGCCAGUCCUCGUCAUCACUCGUCGCCAUGAGCGAAUAAACACUGCAGGAAGAUAGGAAGGAAACCUCAGCCAAGCGGCAAGAGCUCUACGCACGGACCGUGCAGUGCAGAAAAGACAUUGGUUGGGCUCAUCAAGGUCUUCGUAAUGGCAAACGAAAAUAUAGUUGAGGCAAGGCUGUACUGGUACCCUAUACGGUAACAUCUAAUAGAUACCGUAUUUGCUAUCGUUCUGGUGAGUGACGAGUCAACUUCGAUACCUACCCUAGUAGUGCUAGCUAGCCAUCUGGAGCGUCCCUCAAUCGUGGGUGAUGGAGAAUCCGACCCUAAAUCUUUGAAACCCGUCCCUAAUUCUAUUGGAGAAUAGGGUCGGGUUCGAAACCCGACCCAAAAUCAAAAUCCGAC